AUGAUGUCGUUACCAGAUCGCUGCACCGUCCUCGUCAUCGGCAGCGGCAACGCCGGUCUCAGUGCUGCCAUCUCGGCCGCCCAGAAUGGUGCCGAAUCUGUGCUUCUCGUGGAUAAAUGUCCCCCCGACUGGGCCGGCGGCAACACCUACUUCACAGCUGGCGCCUACCGCACCACGCACGCCGGCCUCCCCACGCUCCUCCCACUUGUCAACAACGCACCACCCGACGCCUCCCUCACCAACAUCUCCAUCGACCCCUACCCCGUCUCCGCCUUCGCCGCCGACCUGCACCGCGUCACGGACGGCCGCAGCUCCCCCGAACUCGGAUCAAUCCUAGUCCAGGACUCUCUUCCCGCAGUGCAAUGGCUCAAGUCCCUCGGCGUCCGCUUCCAGCUCUCCUUCCACCGGCAAGCGUACCAAGAGGACGUCCCAACCCUAGCCCCCUCGUCGUCCUCCCCCUCCCCUCCCUCCCCGACAGCGAGGUCGCAGCCACCGCCGCCGCCAGCUCGCCGCUGGCGCUUCUGGGGCAACCUCGCCCUCGCCACGCAAGACGGCGGCAAAGGCCUCGUCGCCGACCUGCUCUCCGCCGCAGCCGCACAUCAGAACAUCCGCAUCGCGUGGUCGACGCCACUGGUCCGCCUGCUUACUGCUCCUGCUCCCACCUCCACCACCUCACCCAACGACGACCCGGGCAAAGUCGUCGUCGUCGGCGCCGUCCUCCGCAACCCCACCGACGGGAAAGAAACCCCCGUCCACGCAACCGGCGGCGUCGUCCUCGCAGCCGGCGGCUUCGAAGCGAGCGCCGCGCUGCGCACACAGCACCUCGGCCCCUCCUGGGGUACGCACGCGCUGGUGCGCGGGACGCCGUUCAACACGGGCGACGCGCUCUGCGCCGCCCUCAACCCCUCCGUCGGCGCGGCAGCCGCAGGCGACUGGGCCGGGUGCCAUGCCGUAGCCUGGGACGCGAAUGCCCCGCGCGACGGCGGGGAUAGGGGGCUGACGAACGAGUUUACGAAGAGCGGGUAUCCGCUCGGGAUAAUGGUGAAUGUUGAUGGGGAGAGGUUUGUGGACGAGGGGGUGGAUUUUCGGAAUUAUACGUAUGCGCGGUUUGGGAAGGCGGUGUUGGGGCAGAGGGGGGGCGUGGCGUUUCAGGUUUGGGAUCGGGUCGGGGCGGGGAUGUUGAGGGGGGAGGAGUAUAGGGGGGAGGUGGUGGAGAGGAUUGAGGCGGGGAGUGUGGAGGAGUUGGCGGCGAGGUGUGCGGAGAGGGGGUUGCGGAGGCCGGAGGGGUUGGUGGAGACGGUGAGGAGGUUCAAUGAGGCGGUGAGGAGGCAGAGGGAGAGGGAGCCUGAGAGGGUGUUCAAUCCGGCGGUUAAGGAUGGCGUUGCGACGGAGCCCGGGAUGCUGGAGCCGCCGAAGUCGAAUUGGGCGCUGCCGAUUGUGGAGCCGCCGUUCCUCGCGGUUAAGGUUGGAUGUGGGAUUACGUUUACUUUUGGGGGGUUGGCGGUCGAGCCGGAGACGGCGGCUGUUCUGUCGAAAGCUACGAGGAAGCCGAUAGAUGGCUUGUAUGCUGUUGGUGAGAUGUUGGGGGGUCUUUACUACGGUAACUACCCCGGUGGUAGCGGGUUGACUGCAGGGACCGUCUGGGGAAGGAGAGCUGGAAAGGAUGCAGCGAGGAGAGCACAAGAAAAGAAGGGCAAUGCGCACCUGUGA